CCCUGUGGCACCGGCGCCGGUGCCGGGACGCCCCAUGAGUCGGGGGACCAUGCCCCAGCCUGGAGCGUGGCCGGGCGUGAGCUGUGCGGAGAAGCCGGCGCCGGAGGCGGGGGCCGCGUCUCCGGGCCCGGCCAGAGCCGCGGCGCGGGAUGGAGGGAAGGCGUCGGCCAGUGGGCAGCCGCUGGCUGCGGUGCGGUGUCCGGCCGAGCAAGAGGAAGACAUAUAUCGUGCCGCGGAUGAAAUAGAAAAGGAGAAAGAAUUACUUAUACAUGGAUCAUCAGAACCCAGAUUAAGUGUAGCUCCUGAAAUGGAUAUCAUGGACUACUGCAAAAAAGAAUGGAGGGGAAAUACGCAAAAAGCAAUAUGUAUGAAAAAGGGCUAUGAAGAAGUAUCUCAGAAAUUCACCUCCAUCAGGCGAGUCCGCGGAGAUAAUUACUGUGCGCUGAGGGCCACGCUGUUCCAGGCCAUGAGCCAGCCGGCGGCUCUGCCCCGCUGGCUGCAGGACCCGGAGCUCACGCUGUUACCGGAAAAACUCAUAAGCAAAUACAACUGGAUCAAGCAGUGGAAACUUGGAUUGAAAUUUGAGGGGAAGAGCGAGGACCUGGUUGAUAAAAUCAAGGAGUCCCUCACUCUGCUCAGGAAGAAGUGGGCAGGCUUGGCUGAACUGAGAACUGCCGAAGCAAGGCAGGUAGCUUGCGAUAAACUGUUCACCAAUGAGGAGGAGGAGUAUAGCCUGUAUGAAGCUGUAAAAUUUUUAAUGCUAAACAGAGCCAUUGAACUAUACGAUGAUAAAGAGAAGGGAAAGGAAGUGCCAUUUUUCUCUGUGCUUCUGUUUGCUCGGGACACGUCGAGUGACCCUAGACAGCUGCUGAGGAACCAUCUAAACCAGGUGGGACACACUGGUGGCCUCGAACAGGUUGAAAUGUUCCUCCUGGCCUACGCUGUGCGCCACACCAUCCAGGUGUACCGGCUCUCCAAGUACAGCACUGAAGAGUUCAUCACCGUCUACCCCACAGACCCGCCCAGGGACUGGCCGAUGGUGACCCUGAUCGCCGAGGAUGAUCGGCACUACAACGUCCCCGUCAGGGUGUGUGAGGAGACGAGUCUGUGAGAGACGCUCGCCCGGCCAGCCUGGCGGCACGGCCAAGGUGCGCAGGCAGCUCCUGGGCUUGCCCGGCCUGCCGGUCCGGAGGGACUUCUGGGGACUCUGGGGUCCUGGGAGCCAGGGAGGCCCACAGCCCUCUGAAGACUGGCUUUCAAUAAUAAGAGUUAGCCAAGCUUUUCCUCGUCUGUGAUGCGGUAUGUUUCGGUGGGGACCUUCAGCGCACACCUGUUGGAAGGUACAAACGCCAUCUUUUCCAUAAAAAAAACACUUUUGUGUCAGGAGACUCAUUUUGGAGAGAAAUAUGUUUUUUAUAUCUCAAAACAAACUUUCUCUAAUAGUAAACUGGUUUGCAUUUUUUUUUAAGAUAGUAAUUGUUUUUGUUUUGGUGGUAAUGGGUCACUGUCGUGCCUUCUGUGCAGUCCGCUUAGGUAUAAUGCUGGGUGCAGUUCGUUAAUGGCGCAGUCGUAACAUCCUGUGUUGGUCUAGUCAAACAAAGGUUUGGAUUUACAUGUUCAUUAAAGCCAUUCUAAACAGAUUUUCUAAUAGAAGAUUAAGAAUUGGGGCCAAAAGUGAGUUAUUUAAAGACUGGAGAAGGAGCUGCAGGAUGGAGGUGAUGGCACCUGGAAGUCCUUGCUCUUCGAGAACAUGACAGGUGCCCACGGUCACGGGCACACCAGGUCUGGCGCUUGGUGCAGGUGCUGCUCUGUCAGCGGGCUGAGCGCACCUCGUAGUCAAGUUCUAGGGCCUGUUCAUCAUUCCCCACUUUUGCAGACUGACACUAUAUGGUCAGAAUCAGAGCUCAGGUCCGCCUGCUUUUUUAGAGUUGGGAGCCAAGACGAAACGAAUUAUGGCUCUCAUGUGAUUCAGAGCUGGGAUGAGUCGGACCCAGGUCUUCCUGUGCCCUUCUCACACUAUUUUUUGAGGGUCUUUCCAUUGCCAGAGUCCUGCACUCAUCUGCUGGCAGGGGAUGAGUGACAGCAGAGUGUGUCCUAGGGUUUGUCACGAGUAAGUUUAAGCAGAAGCGUGUACUAAAACUGCGUGCUGAAGUAGGGCUGAGCCGGAUCUGCUCUCACUUUGGGUUGGGAGCCUGAGAGAAGCAUCGUUCCUGGCCGUGAGCAAUCGCCUCCACGGUCUGCGUCGGGGCCUGAUUCGCCCCGUGGGGCAUGGACUGUGGACAUCCUUCAUCGCUCUUUAGGACUGUGUCAGCAGCACCCGAAUUGGCUCAGCAUUUGUGGAGGUGAUGUUACCCUGAAGUUCCGAGCUUUAUUUCAGAAUAAAACUCUUUAUUUGGUUCAAUUUAAUAAAAUUUAUAAGCUAUCUAAUCUGUUUUUUUUCAGUUUGAAAAUGUAAGUUUUGCUUUCACUUAAAAAUUAAAAUUCUUAGUUGAGAAAACUAAGAGCACACACAAAACUAUGCAGAAUGUUACAUUAGUAUUUUCUUCAUUACCUCAUCAGUAAUGUUGGCCACAUUUUGGUAGCUGCUGAUUCAUUGAAUCAAAUUUAAUGUUACAUGUGUGUGAAUGCAUCCAAGAGGCUUGUGUUUUCCACUGUGAAAUGUGAUGGUAUCUGGAAUAGGAGGUACCUAGAAGCCAAAUUAAAGCAAUAAUAAUGA